CGGAUGCCACGAUCAGUCCGUGAUCGAGCGUGUUCCCGGUGCGUUUGUGCCCGCACGCUCUCUCUCGCGCACGUUGUGGCUUCCUCUUCCGCCCCGGGUCGCCUCCCGCCGCAUCAUCCGGACUCCGUCGCCACGUCGCCAUGGCAGAUCUCGACGAUUUUUUCGCCAAGAAGGACCGUAAGAAGGCCAAGGGCAAGAAAUUCACCACGACUGACGAGGUCGCCAAGAAGCUAGAGGAAACGGGCAAGCGACUCGAGAAGCCCAAGCCGAAGGAAAAGCCGGCGAAUCCCGAGGGCGAGGAGUCCCAGCACACCGAGGAUGAAGAUGAGUGGAAGGAGUUUGAAGAAGAGAAGAAGGACUAUAGUGGUUUAAAAAUUGGACAUUUAACGGUAAACGAUAGCGUUGACGUGGAAUCGGACGAUGAGAGGGGUACCUUCGAAAUCAAUUCUGAUGGAGAAACCGUCGAAGUUGGCACAAAAUACACAGGACCAUGGAAGAAACCAGAUCUACCGCCGGAAGCAUCAGAAGAGGCUCCGACACCAUCUGCACCACCUGCUGCCACCACCACCGCUACCACCGUCGCCACCACCGUCUCUGCUACUGGAAGUAGUUACAAAGCACCACACUUACGAAAUCAACCUACAUUUGCUAGUCCACGACCGCGAGGAAGAAAUAUUGCACCCGAUAUAAAUAGUGAGGAAUACUUCCCUACACUGAACUCCAAGCCUCAGCAAAAUAAUGGCAGCGCUCCAUGGGGCAGACGGCGGCGAGACGAAGGAGCGUUUGAGGAAGUUCGCAACCGAGGUGGCAGUAGAUCGUACAAUGUGCCAGAGUCGCAAGCUCAAACGCCCAAGCUGUCCCUUGGCAACAAAUAUGGCGCGCUAUCGCAAGAUCAGAGCUGAAAGCACCUAUCUCGAUGGAAUCAAACAACAUGCAAUCAAUAUCACAUCGUCGCCCUUUUUCGCUUCAUGGCUCAACCUCGCCAUGAAAAUCUAUUUUCUAGACUAGGACGCAGUGUAUAUUAUAGAAUGUGUAUGCACGUACACACACCCCGACUCGAUAAAAUUCCGGGGAUGCUAAUUUUGAUUCUCCCGUCAGCGAUUGUAUAAUGAUCACGGGACGGAUCGUCGAUCCUACAUAUUUUGCACACACGUGCGCUCAUGGACCUUGUAACUAAAACUCGAAAUGAAUAUCGUGCAUGUGCGCAAGCUUAUUUUCAUACCGUGUAGACAACGUGAUUGGAAAUCGACUUUUAUAUUUCAUUUUGUAAUCAGCAUAGUAUUAUAGUAUGCUGCUUCCAGGAAACCGUUAAGAAACGGCGAAAGAAAGGAUUCUGAUUCAAGAUUUUAUAGAGCUGAAAUUACAUCCGAGUAAUAAAUGAUCUGGAUUAUCCAAAAUAUUUAUUAUCCGACUGAAGUUUGGAUUCUUGAAUUAUCCUGGAUAAUCCGGAUCUGGAAAUAAUGUUGAAUUGACGUCAAAUUGAUGUCUUCAGUGUAAAAAAACAUCGAUUUGACGUUAUUUUUACAAAUUAUUUCUCACGAUUGUUUUAGCUAUGAGAGAAUGUCGGACACAAUUAUCCAAAUAAUUUAAGGAAGUCACUUCAAUAAUCGGAUAAUUUCGAAAAUGAUUUAUACAGGUAUCCGGAUUUACAGCCCUAUUUUCGAAUCCUCCCGAAAAAGAAAAAGAAAAAAAAACGGCGGGCCGGAACAACCUUGUUACUGCGAGUAUGCAUUAUCGUUAUGCGGAUUGUAGUCUAAAGAAAAAGUAUCGUUCAUUAAGGUAUUUUACGUGGUAUUCGCACUUUUUUUAUACGGUGCUACUUUUAAUUUAGCGUGCAUAAUUACUGCCACGAUCGAUGCCUUCUCAUUGAGUAUUAUCGAUGUAAAUAGGACUGAUCACGUUGACGUCCGAACACGAUAAAGCUUCGAGAUCGGCACGAUAACGUCGAUAUCGAAAUUCACGCGAUUAAUUUGAGCAUCUCUGAUAUAAAAACUAACCGCGAAUAAGUUUUUUUAUGCUGAUGCUCAAUGUUUAUUUUUAGUUUCUAAAAACGUUACGUGACCAAAAAUAAAGAUAUCAAUUCAUCAUUUUUAGUCGCGUGACUAUAUAAUCUUUUGAAACUGAAAAUAAACGUCAAGCGUCAGCAUGAAAAGAUACCCUAAAAAUCUCGAAUCGAUUACGGGAUGUUUCGUGGACCUUCUCUUUCUCUUUCUCUUUCUAUCUCUCUGCACAUUCGAGAGAAAGUGUCGCUUCGCUCAAAAUGGCAACGUACGUCAACGAACGAAAAUUGCUAGAUAAAUUUCUAGAUUAAGGUGUGUAUGUGUAUAUUAUGUGUAUGUAUGUAUGUAUGUAUAUAUAUAUAUAUAUAUAUAUAUAUAUAUAUAUAUAUAUGUAUGUAUAUGUAUUAUGUAUAUUAAUCGCGGGAUUGGGCUUUGGGACGGUGCAGAAACAAUAAGAGUAACUACGACGACGGAUAAUACGAAUGCAACUUUGAGUGAGAGUAACGAGGGGCAAAAUAUAGUUAAUUAAAGCGUGAAACAAGUUAUCGUGUCGCGGUGGACAAUUGUGCACAAAAUAGGAGGGAGAAAGACACAUAUGCAUACACUCAUGUUAAAUAUAUAAAAUAAAAAUAAAAAUCCUGUGUACACUUUUGUUGACAGUUGUAACGAUUGUACAAUUCUUUUUUUGUUAAUAUAAGUUUCUUUUUCAAGAUGAAGAAUAUGAUGAAUAAAUAUCGAAUCCGUUUCUUGGGAGACGAUUUCUCGGAUUGGCGAAUUCUCCUCGAUGAGGUGAUGCGUGUUAUUUACACAGAGCACACUGAGAAGAAUGUCAUAGAAACGGUAGAUAAUAUUAAGUCUUGUAUAGUGUGUGAUAAAAUGUGAUUAUUUAUAAAUAAAUUUCUUAGGAUAAACUCAUA